AUGAGCCUCCUUGCCCGCCUCCCACCAAGCGCCCGGGGUAUAAUUUCAGACCUCCUUGUCCCAGCGUAUUUAGAGGGCCACUGGAUUCGAUACAUUUCGGCUAAUUCUGCGUUUUUAUGCGGUGGGUUUCGGCCGGCUGAUGCGGUCAAAUUAGUUGCCACAGCAAUUAGCCAGGACGUGCGUGGAAGUCUCAUGGAUGAAUUUCAGCGAGCUGUUGCUGCUGACACCUGUGUAAGUGAUGAGGAUGCUGCGAAGGAUCUUAAGAAGGACGGUUCACAUGCAUGGGCAUUGGAGAGUGGCUUCAUAAUUUCAGCAUAUCUGAAACUUGUGAAACCUUCAUUGGACGCAAGCUGCAUGAGUAAUCAGCUCAAACUCCUUGAUCCCAUCCUGAACAAGUAUUGGGAUACACCGGGAUGUCCGAACAAGGUAGCACCCGAACUCAUUAAAUAUAAGGGUAUUCUAUUCCCGGACGGGCUAGAAAGUCUAGAAGAAGCUAGCCCUAUCUCAGGCGCCGAACCCACGGAGGUUGUUCAAUGGGAAAAGGCCGAGGGCGUCCCUGAGUAUUGCUGGAGUUUUGCUCAAGACAAAAGGGGUGAUGGCAAGGUUUAUUGCACUGCUGAUCAUCUCAGUGUUUACAAUGUCACAUAUUCAGACUGUCCUGAUCAAGAUCCCUGGGCAAUUUGCCGCUGUGAUGAUGCACAGCAUUCAGUGAAGACAAUGACGGAAAAGUUUGGUCGAGUUCCUGCAGGUUUACGGAGUCGUGUCCGCCAUCUACUUGCCCUCGGGGAUACGAGGUCACACGGUCUCCAAAGGGAUCCCUGGAACAUAAUUGUAAUAUACGGCGAUGCUCAUGAUAGUGUGUAUAUGCAUGAGUCAUCACACUGCGCUGACCACGGCUUUAGCAGCAGUGAGGCUUUUCUAAAAGCCAAAGAACAGGACACGUGCUGGCCAACAGACUACUCCAAAUCGUCAGAUGCAGAUCUAUUUGCUGAGACUGGUGUGGCAUAUCUUUAUGACAAAAGCGGCAAAACACUUCGUGAGCGCGGGUUUGAUCCAUCCUGCCUAUCAAAUGGGUUCAAGGCGCUGGGUGACUAUGUUGGGAGCGAGUUUGCGAAAGACAGUCGGUGUUUCAAACGGGAACCAAACUCCAGAAUUAUUCAUCCAAGUGAGGUCGGGGUUACGAGCGCAGAACCACCCCAGUGACAUGGCUAUUGAGAUUUUCCCUUGAAACCAGAUCCCAGUCUAAACCACUUCGAGCAGACACAAGAAAUCCAGCUGAGCUGCUAGGGAUUGUAUUCUAGCUACUCUUCUAAACACAGGGAGACAAUAUAAACAAGAAAUAUUUUCCUUC